UAUUUUUCGUUUGUUGAGCCGCACUCAUUUUAUUUUAUUUUAUUUUAUUGUUUUUGCUGUUUCUUUGUCGGUUCUUCUUCUCUCUCCCCCUACUCUCUUUCUCUCUGUACGUCCAAGUCGCCGGAGUCAAACAAUCUGCCGUCCAAAUCCAAGACAGUUUCCGCCGUCCAAAUCCAAGGCAACUGUCGUUACAUCUGCCCCUUCUCCUUCAUCAAAACCUGCCCCUUCCCCAUAUUUGCAGACCCAAAAUUUCUAUUCUUCCCCUUCAUCUUCCCCUUCUUCCUAUCCCAAAAACACUUCUUCUCUCUCUACUCACCGGCGGGCGAAGAACCGGCCAUCCAAGCCGCCGACCAUCUCCUCACUUCCGACGCCGAGCUCCGAUAUUCCGGAUUCGCUCACCAUCACCCGAAUCAACAACGGCAUCUUCGGUAACCGGAAGUUUGGGUUGGACGAGGUUGUUUGCCGCCGGUGAACGUAGAAAGAGAGAGCAGGUGAGAGAGAGAAAAAUGGGUUUGCAAGCAACAAGGGUUUGAUAUAUUAGUGUCGCGGCUGGGCAUAGAUGAGUAGAGAGAAUUGUUUUUGGGUUUGCAAGUAGGAAGAAGGGGAAGAAUAUGAAUUUUGGGUUUGCAAAUAUGGGGUUUUCUACUGUAAUUUUGGGUCUGCAAUUUUGGAUCUGCAAUUUCUACUGUAAUCGUCGAUGCCUCUACAAUUUUGGGUCUGCAAAUAUGGAUCUCUUCCACUGUUUUGUCACCGUCAUCGGCCACGAAGCAAAUUGAUGAUCGGUUCUCUCUUCAAUUUUGGGUCUGGAGAUUGCUCGACUUGGGCGACUUGGACGUAGAGAGAGAAAGACAGUAGGGGGAGAGAGAAGAAGACCCGACAAAGAAACAGCAAAAAAAUAAAAAAAUAAACCAAAAUGAGUGCCACACAACAAGAAAAAUAUAAAGUAAUAAAAGAAUGUUAGCGACAGUCGCGACGAAUGUCCCUAGCAUCCCUCUAAAAUAUGUAUGUGUGUGUUUAUUUUAAGUAAGAAAGGGAGACUGGUAUUGUUAACUAAUCAUUGACUUAGGACAUUACCAAGGACAGUCCUCCAGAGCAACCGCAGUUUAUGUCCCGACAACGUCUUAUAAAUCUAUGUCCCGACUCCCAUCUUAGAAAUCAAGCAUAUAUAACCCUCCAGAGCAACCACCGUCUCUCUCUCUUUAUUAUGCCGAGAUCAACCGAUCGUGCGUGCGCUCGUGAUUGCGGUUUCCUCAUCCGGAAAUGCGUCGUUACUAUAAUCUCCAGCAUCAUCUUCGCCCUGAUACUCGUCUUUCUCAUUAUCAAACCGAAAGUGAUCAAAUUCCACGUUACUGAUGCUACGCUCGCCGAUUUCAACCUCAACACCACCACCAACACCCUCUACUACAACCUCGCACUCAAUAUAACCAUCAGCAACCCUAACAAGCACAUCAGCGAAGACUUCAAGCGCAUCGAAGCUAGGGCUUACUACGAGGACAAGAUGUUUGAUGCCGUGACUAUGACACCAUUUUAUCUGGGUCACAAGAAGAACUACACGUUGAGUCCGGUAUUUAAAGGGCAGAACGUCGUAAUGCUUGGAAAUUCUGAGCUUGCUCAAUAUAAUUCCGAUAAAAGUUCUGGAAUAUACCAUAUUGCUGUGAAGCUCCAUCUUCGGAUUACGGACAAGACGUAUGGGAUCGAUCCUAGGAAGAUUAAAUCCGUGGUUAAGUGUGACUUCAAAGUUCCAUUACUUUCUAAUAGCACAACGUCCCCUACUUUUCAGACAACCAUGGCCAAGUGUUCUCAUUUUUAAUUUAGUGGUACUUUCUAAGCUGAUAUUUUAAUCAUGCUUGUGUGUUACUGUCUGUCUUUCUUAUGUACGAAUAAAAAUCUUCUUUCUCUCUUUCAUGGAUUGAUACUUUGGUUAUUUUCUUUACGCGGGUUAAUUAUGUUAUAUUUUUUUCUUGACGGUGUUGAUUUUGGAGAUAUAUGUAUUACCUUAUAUUUAGUACCAUGACAGAUCUAGAUCGUAUGAAUCGUUCAUUUUAUUUCAUUUGCUUUUGUGAUGGAACAGGUUUAUAAGUAGUGAAUUUAGUUUUUUUUUUUUUUUUCUCUUGUGAUUCUUUAUUUGUUUUUAUAUAUUUAAUCGUUGGUCUUCGUUUUAAUUCCCUUUGGUCAUUGUAUUUGGAUAAGAUAUAGUUGACCUUAAGGUGGUCGACUUCUAUAAAUUAUAGUGGCGCAUGGCCUUUUAUUAUUAUUACUAUUAUUAUUGCCAAUUCUUGAGGUUUACUAGGGGUUUACAAACAAUCCCACAUCAAACACAACUCAAUGGGAUUCUUAUGUAUUGAUAAAAAUUAAAUUCAAUCCCACUCUAAU